AUGUUAGCUAUUGCUGAUCAGAUAAAACCAACGGCUCCAUUAACUAUAUAUGUAUUACAAUCACUUGGUCUACGUACUAUUUUAUUAACAGGUGAUAAUGUUAAAACAGCUCGAGCGAUUGCUAAUCAAGUAGGCAUUAAAACUGUAUAUGCUGAAGUUUUACCAACACAUAAAGAACGUUUUAUUGCCAGUCUAAAAGAAAAUAAAAAAACGCAUGGUAAAAUAGCUAUGGUCGGUGAUGGUAUUAAUGAUUCACCAGCAUUAGCUCGUGCUGAUGUUGGAAUAGCUGUUGGUACUGGUACCGAUGUUGCUGUUGAAGCAGCUUCAAUUGUAUUAGUUCGUGAUGAACUUUUUGAUGUUGUUGCUGCUAUAAUGCUCUCAAAAAAGACCGUAUGGCGUAUUCGAAUCAAUUUUAUGUUUGCUACUAUAUAUAAUAUAAUCGGUAUUCCAAUUGCUGCUGGUAUACUUCUACCCGCCGGUGUUCAACUUAUGCCAUGGAUGGCAUCAGCAGCAAUGGCAUUAUCAUCUGUUAGUGUUGUUAUUUCAUCAUUACUUUUACGUUAUUUUAAAAAACCAAAAAUGCAGAAAUAUGAAAGAGAUGUACGUUAUCGUCAAUGGUUAUUAAAUAAAUCAACUGGAAUUGUUGUUCAUCGUGGUAUUGAUAAUUUACCAGUAAAUCGAUCAAAAUCAAGUAUUUUAUCAAGUUUUAAAAAUAGUCGAUUAUCACAAAUUGUGAUAGAAUCUAUAUCAGCUGUGAAAAAUGCUGUUAUGGAAGAGAAGAAAAAAGCAACAUUAUUUCUUAAUGAUGAACAAACAACUAAUCAGAAUCAAAAAGAAGAAGAAAUAGAAUUACAAGUAACAGCAUUAUAG